UAAUCAUUAUUUGUUCUGAAGAUACCAAUUAAUAUCUACAAUUCGAAAACCGACUCUGAAAUGUGAUCGAACAUCCGUGAAAAUUAUGGAAUCUAUACGAAAAAGUCAGGGUGAGUGCGUAUCGAUGACAUACGUAUAUAUUUAUAUUCGCUACCGUUGCCAGUAAACUUGUAUUGUUCUACAUUUGAGCAGAUUUUACCACUUAACCAGGAAGUUCUCGCAGAGUGGAAUGUCAACCGUUUCGAAGGCAUUCAUCCUGAUCAAAACCACACAUUUGAAUAAUAGAAAGCUCCGAUGCUAAUUAUAGUCUCAUCUCUAUUCUCCAGCCUAAUCACUAAUUUAAUCAAAUGACGGUGUGUCAGUCUGUGGAUCAAGCAUUUUUUUGGUGGCAAACAAAUUAACUUUUGUUCUCACCAAGUGGUAAAGUUGCACCAUCAUAUUCCUGUCAUGGACUUUCUGUCAAGAUUGUGCGAACUUAACUCCGAUUCAUCUGCAAAGAAACCUUUUGUAUUAAACUCUCCCGGAGAAGUGCGUGAUGGUUUGUGCUCAGGACUUCGCCAUUGUUCGGAACAUGUUUGCCGAGGUGAAAACAAAAAUAGACAAGUCAAUUUAGAUAAGUCGUGGGGUGUCUACCCGUUACAUGCUAUUCAAUCUGAUGUGAUAUAUUCUUGCCUCGGUUCUUCUAAAUUACCCACACGAUUUCACGUUCUAGAUUGACAUGUGACUGUCAUGAAGGAAGCGACUAGAGUUAUCGUCUGUAUUGCGAUGGAUACGUUAACUAUUCGAAUGGACGUGAUGAUAAAUCGCGGCGCUUAAAGUUUUACUCAACGUCUGUUAUUUCACUGACACUCGAGACUCCAAUGUUGCAACUGAAAGGAUUUUGUUAAUUUGGUGAAUAUCUUUUUGUUUCUUAAUAUUGAAUGAUUGAUUCCAGUAAUUGAUGUGUUCUUAUGCAUGUGUGAAGGAGCCAGCUAGUACACGUGAUGCCUGAUAUUUUGAUGAUGAUGAAAUCAAAGCAUAGGAGAUCAACUAAAAGUAGAACUGGAUUGCUCACCAUGCCUCAUUCCCCAGAGGAUGCCUAGCGAGACGAACCAAUGAAACACCUAUUUGUUACCAUUAUAGUGGCUGAAGAAGAUCCAAUGAAAAAAUAAAGCAAUGAUACCAACCAUGGAGCCUUUGGUGAAUAUAACAGUGAACGUAUCUGCUGGUGAUGACGAGACAACCCAAUCUUUUAGCCUCGCCACGAUCACCCUUGCCGCCAUUGCAGCAGGGUUUGCCAGUCUUUUUACCGUAGCAGGAAACCUUCUUGUCAUCAUUGCCUUCGCGCGAGAACGUCGUUUACGCAUCAUCGGCAAUUACUUCGUUUUAAGUAUGGCUGUUGCGGACUCGCUAGUGGGGUUGAUCUCCAUGCCAUUCUAUACGACGUAUCUCCUGCUGGGCAGAUGGCCGAUGGGUCCUCAUGUAUGUGAUGUCUGGUUAUCGCUAGACUAUGUCUGCUGCGCUGCUUCGGUCUUAGGUAUCUUCCUCAUCAGUGUUGACCGGUACAGGUCAUUGUCUGCUCCGAUGACAUACCGACAUCAAAUGACAAGACCUCGAGCUAUGGCCCUCAUCCUGGCCACGUGGGUUAUUUCAUUACUCCUCUUUGGAGUGCCGAUCAUCGGAUGGCAGUAUGUUGAGGGGAAAAGAACGGUAAAGAAGGAUCAGUGUGAAGUCCAGUUUGUUCAAAAUGCAUAUUUCACCGCGGGAUCAAUUAUUUUGAUAUACUGGUUACCGUUAUUCGUGAUCUUGGUGUUGUAUACGCGCAUUUACCUCCUUACGCGGAAACUUACGCGACGUCAGGCAAGGAUUAUAGGGAGACUCAGUAUGCGCACAAAAAAGAAGAGGCGAAGUCGAACGGAAACCAAUGUAACGAUGACCGAUGUGUUUCCUUCACGAACGGAGAACGGCACGCAUCGCGUAUCGGGGCCAACAGACUCUGACGAGACGCCACAGGAUCCUGAUCACUAUAUUCCUGACACAGCAUCUUCAGAAAUGGGCAAAGAGUUCGAUACCAUUACUCCCUUGCCACAGAGGUGUAAUUCGGCGGACGAGAGCGACGAGUUCGAUGUAAAUAGCAAUGGUGGAGAUAAAACACCUGAUAAUUACAACAAGAAAGCAAAUUGGGCCACAUCGAUGCGCAGUGACAACCAUUCUGUGUAUUCAGACUGUGAUGCUGAAACCCACCCGAUGAAACGACCAAACAGCUGCUCAUCCCUUAACUCUGAUCGAAGGGGUCUUAAAUCAGCUAUGAGCAACUUCAAACACAAAGAUCAUCAUCUGGGCAAAGCACUAUCAUCUGUCCUGGUAAAUUUACGCGAAGCGAAAGCCGUCAGGACCCUCAGCACAAUUUUAGGCUUCUUCAUUCUGUGCUGGACACCUUACAGUAUCUUAAUCAUCGUCAAGGGUUUCUGCGAUCCUUGCGUCAAUGACAGCCUUUUCGCGUUUAGCUACUUCCUUUGUUAUAUCAAUAGUACUUGCAACCCGUUGUGUUACGCAUUCGCCAACCGAGAUUUUAAAGUCGCUUUCAAGAAAAUCCUGACUUGCGGCAGACGUCGUUACGAGUGGAAAGAUGUCUUCUGAAACGGAAAUAACCAUGGUUCUAUUAGCUAGUUCAAUGGAGUCGGAGACAAAAAGAGUGGAGACGUUGCGGCUGUGGGUCAUGUAUAGUUCUUCCUCUCAUGCUUAAAUCCGAUUUGGGCAAAGGCUAAGUGAAUUAGAAUUCUACGCAUGAAGUCAAGAGCUGGAAGAUGUCGUAGAUCUAGACCAUAAAGUCGGAUCCAUCUGGGAACAGAUUGUGCACCAGCCCACUCAGAGGAAUCUAAACCCUAACACAAGUGAAAUAUCAAGUGAAACUUGAAGUGGGUUUAAUUGAACUAUCCAAUCUGCGUGUUUGUAUUGACGAAAGGCUGCGGAGGGGAAAUAUCUGUACCAACAAAGAAACGAAUUCUACAGAUGCCAGUACAAUAUUAUAUGUGUCACGCCUUCAGCUCUGCAGUGUUUGAUCAAAGUACGACAGGUCACAAACACUUAUAACUUACAUUUCUUUGAACAUGCUGAAGAUGAAUUAGUUCUACCUUGAAGUCAAAUCCAACAAAAUCCAUUCAGAUAUACUUCUAUAUAAAGAAAAUCGCUUAAAUACAUAAUAAAAGCCAUGAUUUUGUCAUCGGUAAUGGAGCAAUGAGCCUCAUUAUAUCUUGAUUAAGAUAAAUAGAGCUUGUUCUUUGUGUGCUACUUGUGUUUUUUAUAGUAAUAGACAUACAUUUAAUGAUUUAAUGUCUAUUCAUUGCUAGCAGAAAGUCGGAUUGCAUAUCCUAAGGAUAACAGAGACACAAUCCAUCAAUAAUACCAUAGGAAUAUUUCCAUUAACCAUGAAAUCCUUAUGACUGAUUGUUGACCGAUACAUUUCGUGUGAUGUAAAUGUUCUUUGAAUAACAUUUCCCCGAUAAGGGUUCGACUAUUGUAAAUAAGCUAUCAAAUUUAUUUAUUUCAUGUAAAUUAUUCAUCUCUGAUCGACCAUCAAUGUAUUUUUUUCCAUGAGAUGUACUUUCAAUUUCAGAAAUUUAUCAAUAUUUCAUUUGAAUGUUCUGAAUAUAUGGUUCUAUAUAUUUAUGCUUUGUGUGUUAUCCAUUGCCGUGCAUGUUUCAACCGUCCAGUAUCCCAUUUGAAUGGUUAUUGCAUUUAUUUGCUUAGGUUGACAAAAACAGUAUAACUGAAAUAAUUGAAUAAGCUAAUCACUUGGUCACAAGGUGUGCAUGAAUCUGUUGACUUGUUCAUUGUCAUGAAGAGCAAAGAAAAAACAUGUGGAAUAUAAUCGCAUCUUUGUAAGCAGGAAAACUUGCGUUUUACAAGAAAAAGAGCGAGCCAGGUCAUGUUGUCAAAGUAUCAAUGUUCGGAUUGUGUGAU